AUGUUCUUUAAAGUUCUUUCCAUGAAUUGUAAUUUCUUCUCUCAUUUUCGGAAAUUUUUUUCUUUUUUCCUUCCUUCCUUCCUUCCUUUCUUUCCUUCAUUUCUUCCUUUUUUUCUUCCUUUCUUCUUCCUUCCUUUCUUUUUUUUUCUUUCUUCUUUCUUUAUUUCUUUCUUUUUAUUUUUUUUUCCUUUUUCUUUCGUUUUUCUUUUUGAAUUUUUUCUUUUCUUUCUUUCUUUCUUUUCCUUUCUUUCUUUUUCUUUUUUUUUAAAAUUUUUUCCUUUUUUAAAUUUUUUCCUUCUUAAUUCCUUAUUUCCCUUUUUUUCUUUUCCUUCCUUUCUUUUUUUUUCAUUUUCUUUCUUUUCUUUCUUUCCUUUCUUUUUUUUUAUCUUUUUUCUUUUUUUUUUUUCUUUUUCUUUUUGUUUUUUUUCUUUUUUUUCCUUUUUUCCUUUUUUCCUUUUCCUUUUUUCUUUCCUUUUUUCUUUCUUUUCUUUCUUUUUUCUUCCUUUUAUUUUUAUAGUUUCCAUCCUUUCUUUUUCAAUUCCUUCUUUUCUUUUCUUCCUUUUUUCUUUCCUUUUUUCUUUCUUUCUUCUUUCAUUUCUUAAUUAUUUAUUUUAUUUCUUCCUUCCUUCAUUCUUCCUUAAAUUUUCCUUCCUUUUUUAA